GGACAUACGAUUUCAAGGCACGCAACACGUUUACAACCCUCAACUUCUCAAUCCACGCGCGCCGCCUUGACGCAGCAGACGAGUCUCCCUGGAAUGGGUCCAAGGACAAUUAGACACCUUGCCCCAUCGCUCCUCCUCCUCCUCCUUCACAUUCUCCUCUUGCAACAAGGAAGCUGGGCAAAAGAGCCAGACUGCAGAAGGUCAGCAGUCAGAGCCAAGGCAAGUGUGUGGUUUUUCAGAAAACGCCGUCCAACUUGCGGACAGUGUUGGCCCUUUGGAACCUCUAGGGAAACUAGGGAGUUUAAGGAGUUCGAGGCCAUUUCUUGUCAGGACGUAUGUGAUGAGCGCAUCGCUGACUUCAUGUACGAAAUUUCAAAGUUUCGUCUCGAUCCAUGCAUGCGUCUUAUGAAUUCCAACAACUUGUCAGAAUGGGAUAUUCUCUUUCGAGACCCGAAUGGAGAGCAAUUUGGAACUGCUCAAAAUGGCGUCAAGCAUUGCAUAUGCGCUGUCACAAUGAUGGUUCAGCGUCUGGUGCUACAGCUCCCUGAUACGGAUCCAUGUCAGCCUCCUCUCGCUCCAGAUCUUUGUGAUGGCUCAAGUGCAGAAGACCGGAUGGUUAAGGCAAAAUUGGAGAUCAUCGCAGAGCCUUGGUAUCCCGAGUUGAGCACGAAAGACUCGUAUCCCGAAGCUCAAGACAUGAUUUGGACUUUCGACAACCUUAACACUGACAGGUCUCAAAUCUAUUGCAACGCAGAAUGGCAAGACUUUCAGUAUCCUGGGGACACACGCGGCCAAGGAGGCUCAGAAGGACAGCGAGACAGCAACAGUAAUUGCACCAUCAAAUUCGGUUAUCGCGAGAAUCCACUUUGGGGUAAGGUGGGGCUGUCUUGUACACCCGGCGUAUGGGGAGGUAUCCAAAAGCGACUUCUGCAACUGUACGAAAAGGAUCCAGACGGGCAAGCUUACAGGAAUGACAUGAUCAAUCUGAGAUAUCAGUUCGCAAAGGAGCUUAGCAUACGUCAUGAAACCAGAGAUUCUUCUCUACGACAGCUUUUGAUGACUGCUGUGGCUCCGCAUGAGUUGUUCACGGAGGGUUACAGGGAAUUUCGUUAGCGAGGCCCAUUGAGAAAGAAGUUUCUGUAGCAAGUCAAGCCUAGAGAGGCAACUUUACUAGCUUGAAUAGAAUGCUCUAAGCUUGAGCUACCUCUAAGAGUACUUGGCAAUUUGAACGUCCUCCUUUGAGCUAGAUCAUCUUGCAAGAAGGUCGUGGUGCUUGACAUAACCAUAAGAGCUACUCAAGCACACAUAUGCAUAGCUUUCAAUUUUCUGCUAGAGAUG